ACCAACUGCAGUUUUUCACCAGCGAUAAAGACCAGUUGCCGUAGUAUGACUGAGAGAAGCAGCCUCUCCCUGUGGACGCCACUGCCCCAGGGCCCCCCCGCCCCCUGCGCCCGCUACAGGCACGCCUGCUGCUCACACAAGGGGGACGUCUACCUGCUGGGCGGCCGCGAGAGGAUGGUGCUCAGAGACUUCUGGAAGUACAGUGUGGUGCGUAAUGACUGGACCAAGCUGGACUGCAGCAGCGAGUGGGCUCCUGAAGAACUGGAGGGACACACCAUGGCGUCACAUCAGGGGAUUCUGUAUGUAUUUGGAGGACUGAUAGACUCUGCCUACUCAAACUGGAAGAUACCACUAUGGUUGUUCGACACAGAGAAAGAGGAGUGGAGGUAUUCCGAAGGCCAGAUGCAAACGUCUCAGCCAUCACCAGUUAACAGGAAGGGGCACAGCGCCGUGGUGUUCGGCUCGGCCAUGUACAUCUAUGGGGGAUACAUCGACAUCAGGGGGCCCUCACAGGAGUUCUGGAAGUAUGACUUUGACACGGGCGUGUGGUCCCUGCUGAGCGGGGUGCAGGGGGAGCAGGGUCCGGGCCCCAGACACGGCCACGCGGCGGCAGCGCACCAGCACAGCAUGUACCUGUACGGGGGCCUGAGCGGCCUGCGCGAGCAGAGGGACCUGUGGAGGUGCUGCCUGGCCAACCACACCUGGAGCUACAUCAAAACACAUUCCGGACCCUCCAAACUGGUGGGCCACUCCAUGGUGCUGUACCGGGACAGCGUGCUCCUGUUCGGGGGAGGCGAGACGCAGAACUCCCCCCUGAACACCCUGUGGAGGCUCAGCCUGCCCGCGCACGCCUGGGAGAAGGUGGCCGCCAUCAAGAGCUCCAACCCGCCGGGCAGAAUCCACCACUGCGCCGUGGGGCUGGGCCCCGGCUUCCAGUCGUCCGGCGGCACCGCGGAGUUCGCCGACAGCCCCCCGGGAAGCCCCGCCUCCGGCAAGUUCCGGCCCUUCAAGAACAGGCUGUCGCCGGCGCCCAGGCCGCUGCUGGAGGGCGCCAUCGAGCUGCAGACGCUCCAGCUGGAGAAAAGGGAGCUGAGGGACUCCGAGGAGGACCUGAAAGAGGACAGGCUGAGGAGGACCUGUCUCAUGUUCGAGAACCAGGACGCCUUCCAGAAGCAGUGGGACAUGGAGGAGGUGUCGGACUGUUCCGAGGAGAGCAUCGAGCAGCACUUGCCCGAGGCUCUGCUGGUGAUCGGGGGGAAACCGCUAUCGGGGCAGGCGUCCAUCUCUGUCUGGCAGAUGACCCUUUGAUACAGGAGACCGCAAGACUUCCUUUCCAACAGCACAAUAUUAUAUUUUAUCAAGAUUAAGAUAUAUAUUUUUUCAAUAAAGCUUUAUUAUUUUCUCUGCGAGAAAAUAUGAAAAACAAUGAGCCUGUUUGACAUGGUGAUGAUGGUGCACUGAAAAAAAAAACGUAUUCGUACAGUUUUUUUAAAUGAACAUUACAUACAGAUAUGUUUUCAUUUUGGGACAUCAGUGACACACAUCUACUAAUGUAGCCAGUAUUGGCCCAUAUAAAACUGUGGGACAUUCCCGAAGAAACAGUCUUUCUUUGUCCCACAAAGAGUAAAUCAGAGGUGCGUUCAGAUUUGCAAACAUAGGUGAACAUUUGCUAACAGGUUUCUGUUUGCCUUGAAUUUUUGGUUGAACGUUUGCAAACACUGUAGAGGAGGUAAUGCUCUGUCAACAUAUAAUGGAGCUGGACGUGAUCUGGAUGAAGUGUUACCAUUGCGAUGGAAUGUUUACACCAAAUAGUUCCAAUUGAACUGUACAGAGAAAACAUGUUCACCACCAACGUGGACCAUGUUCACCACUGUUUGCCACAUUCUAAUGCAUCUCCACUCUCACUGAGAUCUGGACAUUUUCUUCUAAACCCCCUUAGGAGCAGUACAAAUAGAUUGAGAAUUUUGUUUCUAAUUUUAUUGCUUCUUAUUUCUCCCAAGGAGAGUGUAGAAACAGGUCAGAUUAUUUUCCUAAUUUCACUUUCACAUCGGUUGUCUCAGGUUUACAGUAUUUUUCAAGCUAUUUCUAUAAUGAGUGGAUCUUUGCCAUGCACAGUUUAUAUGCCUGUUCUUAGCCACAUUGUUUUGAAGAUGUUGUAACCGACAUUAUAACCAACUUUUUAAAAACCACGGACAGCAAUACUUGAUCACUUCAUCACCUUUCAAUAAACAGACAAAAGACACAGCGUAGGCUAAUAUAAUAUGGUGUAUCUUCUUGACACACAUGAGGAUCACCUCAUAAAAAUGUAUGGUUGCUGUUAAAUGUUGAUAAAGUAGCAUGCCUGCUUGCCCAGGUGCCCUUGGGUGAGUGGGAGGAGGGAAUUUGUUUGUGUGUAUGCGUUGUUACUCUUGUUUGGCCAAUGUUGCUUAUUGCACCUGUAAGUCUGCUUGUUUACACCAGGAAGCAACCACUAACAGCACAAGCAUUUCCCUGGAUUUCAUUCAACCUUAAUGGUCAAUUUGGAUUCACUGUGAAAAUGUUUAUUUUUGUAUGUACAGUUAAUCCUGUAUUGCUAUCAUUGUUUUAAUUUCUGCUUUUUCACCACAUAAUGUCACAGAUGUCAGUAUUACGCUUUAGCACUGUUGUAAAUAACUUGCAAAGCAUAAUUCCACUGAAUAAGUUCAGCAUCAGCUUUAUUUGUGUUUUGUUCAUGUUCACACCUUAAUGUUCACAUUUGGACACAAACAUGGAGUGUGUAAGUGGAAGGUCGCCUAUGAGUUGUUUACAUGUGUGUUUACACUUGGAUGACAAAUAAAGGAGGUAGCUGUUCUUCAUUUUUGUCUUUGUGAAAAUAAAGCUGAUUAUCAGUUUA